ACGAAAAGCCAAAUACAAAUGGCAAGUGCCAAGAUCUGCAAAAUCUCAGCUAACAUAAAUGAGCGAAAAUACUAAGCGAACGGUUAGAUAGCGCGGAGAUUUGAAGAAUAUUUAAUAAGAAAUUAAAAUUAUAUAAAAAUUAGUUAAGAAACCCAAAAAAAAAAAAUCAAAAACAAAAACAAAAAUACAAACAAAAAAGAAAAACCAAAAAUAAAAAAAACAACAACUACAGCAAAAAAUUAACGAGCAAAGCGAAAUUCAAUAAAAAAUCAAUACCAAAAUAAAAUCAAAGAAGAUUUUAGCCAACAGAAAUAUUCAAAACAAACGAAAAAAUUAUCUCAUACCAAAAAGGCAAACAAACAAAGCGCGUGUGACAAAGACCCAUGCGUUUAUGGAUACUACAAAUGCUUUACUAGAUUUUUGUGGUCUUUUGGAGUAUUUUGCCAAAAAAAUAUAAUUGAUAACUUCAGAUUAUUUUUACUGCAAUUAAAAUUGAUUAGAAACUUAAUUGUAUCAUUUUUGUGUGAAAAGUGGCUCAACAAAAAGAACCUGACAUAUUUUUUUUCUAAACAAAAGUGAAGCUGAACACAUGCACACACUUUUACAACUACUAAACAUUGCGCAUGCGUCUGGUCAUGCUAAUUUGAUGUCUACAUAUGCUCAAGACAACAUCUAAUUAUCCUAACCCACUCGAAGUAGACAAUGUCAAAGAUGCUGCAAAUAUCAGCUCUAACGAUGAUAAUCAAGAUGCUGAUGCCAUGUUUCUAAUAGUUUCCAGCAUACAAUGAAUGAAGAUAACAAUGCACACCUCCAUAUCACCUGUUGUCUAAUUUCUUCUCCCAACGUCUGCUAAGAAUUCCCACUGUGUGAUCUCAUAAGCAAAUGUAGACAACAAUCAAUUCAACUGCCGCUGCCGUCACAACUCUCGAGCAUCACCAGUACCAGCCAGUCAAACAGCCAGCCAGCCACAAUUAACAUUCAUAAGCACUUAGAUUCUGAUCCCCUUUGGUUAAAUGAUUUAUAUGCCUAUUCCGUCGUACAGCACCCCUCCAUCCACAGUCCAUCCAGUGAUGAUAAAUCAGACAACCAGCCAGUCGUCUCGUCUGAAAGUCUAGGAAAAUCUAGUUUUUGUUUUCUUUUUCUAUGAAAACUGGUCGAUUUGUUUUUCUUCACACAUUUCAAUACGAUAGAAAACGAAUUGCUUUCGCGCAGGCGCAUUCGCCACUCAAACAGAACACAACCAUAGCACGUCAACCGAGUUAGCAAAACAAAAACGAAAAUCUAGUGCAAGAACUUGGCCAAUAAAAAAAAGACGAAGAAACGACAUCAACGGCGCAUCAUACAUACCAGCUCAUCUUUGGUAUUGAGGUCCAUUACCAGAUAUUUGAAAUUCCCUUUUGUGGUCUGAAUGGAAAACGGCAAGAAAAUGUUCUCUUUUACAGCAACUGAUUCGAAUUCUUCUUUAAAGAUGCCGCAGACAGGCUGCUUAGUAGUACAAAAUCCCUCAUCUAUUUCCACUGCAUCAGUGCCAGUCCAAAGUAAUUUUAAUUUUAAAUUGGAACUACAGCAAGAGGAACAACAACAUUUCUCUGCUGCGAAUAACAGCAACAGCACAGCAACAACAACGAACGAUCCCUAUGCCACAUAUACUGAUAAUUUUGAUCUAUCGCUACUACCUCAAGAUUGCUGUGCUGACACAGCUACAAACACAACAAAAGCCGAACCGCAAUCAUCAUCACAUGUACCGGCAGUAACGAAUGCUCCACAUUCAUCGACAAAUCUCAUAGAUAGUAUACCAACGACAGUUUUCAAUUUCGACAAAACGGCGACGGAUCACAAAAAUACGCAAUUGUUGACCGUGCCCGAUAUUAAGGUGGAACAGACGUGGUCUUCGUGCCCCUCACUAAAUACGAUCAAGCAGGAACAAAUCUAUCAGAGUUAUUUUCCCGCUAAUAAUCAGCAACAACAACGACAACAACAGCAACAACAACUCAUUGCUCCGCCUCCCGCAUAUCCCGCGCAUAUCUAUCCAUCGCCACAAUCUAGCCCAGCUCAAUCCGAAUACGCCUUUCCCCAAACACAAUUUUCCGGUUGCUACGAGUCUUUGGGAUCUUCACACAACUCCCUGUAUGGCACAGCCUGCUCACCGUGUCCCUCAAUCAAACAAGAACAAUUGCACAUUUUGCCACCCUCCCCGCCAGAAUCCAGCUGUGAUACACCCACACCACAUUCGGCAAGCAGCUGUGCUAGCAGCAGUGUUGGUUUCGAUUUCAAAUCAGAACCUUUCGAUUCGGAUGUUGAAACGUUUCAAGAUUUGAAAAAUUCCCCCUCGAACACAACAGACACAACAGUGCCAUCCAACCGUGCUCAGGCAUCGGCCCAACGGCAUUUCCAAUGUCCAACGGACCACCAAGUAUUACGUGAAUAUUUGGAGGAUACAACGUUCCAGAGGAAACACAAUCUGAAACCUUUGGCUCUGGAUUCGUUUAUUGGUGCCCUGGAAGAGGUUCGUGAUAAUUUCGAACCGGUCAUUUCAUUGGCUUUGGAACAUGCCAAACGUGAGGCCGAUGCUAUCUGCGCUAAAUUGCAAAUAUCUCAAGAUCCCUCUGAUUGGACACCACAACAAGUUCAUGCAUGGUUACGAUCCACCAUACAACAAUUCGAUUUGCCAAUUAUUGAGAAUUUGGAAAAUAAAUUCAAUGAGAGUGGAGCGGCUCUGUUGCAAUUAACCGAAGAAGAAUUCAUUCGUAGAAUACCCGAGGGUGGAGAAAAAUUACAUGCUCAAUUGGAAAUAUGGAAAUUGACUCACUCCGAUAAUUACCAUCUAAAUUCAAUCAACAGCUGCACACACCAACAAAUGUGGACUCAAAAUUCUAUGCCUGCACCAUACAGUCAAGACAUGGAAGAAGAUACCGAAGACGAAGAUGAUUUUCUUCCCAACGACAAUCACACACCGAGUACGGGAAAUAACCUCAACGGCCAGUAUAUGAACAAUGAAAGUGCUACAACAAAUGGUGGUGGUGGUGGUGCUGGUGCCAAUCAAAUGGUACCACCCAUAAAACGUGCUGGAGCACGGAACGGAGGAUCUCACAUACAUUUAUGGCAAUUUCUAAAGGAGCUCUUAUCUGCACCGCAUAUUAACGGUACUGCCAUCCGUUGGAUUGAUCGCAGUAAGGGUAUUUUCAAAAUCGAAGAUUCUGUUAGAGUAGCUAAACUAUGGGGAAAACGUAAAAAUCGUCCAGCUAUGAACUAUGACAAAUUGUCACGUUCGAUACGUCAGUACUACAAGAAGGGCAUUAUGAAGAAGACCGAAAGAUCCCAGAGACUGGUAUAUCAGUUCUGUCAACCCUAUCAUAUGUGAAUGCGAAGGAGCAUCUGCCGAUUCUCAUGUGGAUGGAUGUUUGAAUAUUUAUUGAACAAGAAAAAAAAAAACAAGAGAAAAAUAUUUAUUUAUUUAUUUUAGUUUAAGAUUAUUUAUUAAAAAACUUUAUUUAUUGCAUAUUUAUUGAAAUAUUUAUUUAUUUAUUCCAUUAUUUAUUUAUUUAUUUUCCACACAAAAUAUUAUUUAUAAAAAAAUCACAAUAUUUAUUUAUUUAUUACCAUAAUUUAAGUGAUGAAUGUGCGAAUAUUAGCUUUAAGUUUAUUUAUUUAUUGAAAAGCUUAUUUAUUUUUGUUAACUUUAAAUAUGAAAAACAGUAAUAAUUAAGGGACGUAGAUCUAGAGACCAGGAAUGAGAUAGUUCAUUUUUAUAUCCAAAGGAUAGAGUUCAUUUUAGUGAAUUUAUUUUCAAAGCACGAAAAGCUUUGCUUUAAGGCAAUGAAAAUUGAUAUGAGGGGAUGGCAAUCGAAUGGCAAAGUCAGCCUAAAAUCUUUAGAAAUUUCAAUGAGCUGAAGCUAACAUAAACUCAAAAAAGUAUUCAAUUCUUGUAAAAGUGGAAUUCCACAUUCCAGCAUAAGCAUUUAAGACUCAACACUCUAUUAUGACAUGUUUGUACACUAGCUUCCGUACGGAAUGAAGUAAGUGGAAACAUUAAGCUGAAAUAUUUUAGGUCCUCAAGGCUCUUGGAAUUAAAAAUCGGACAUAUAGGCCCGGUGGGACAUAUAGCCACCAAAUAGCAAUACUAUCCGAUUUAAGAUGUUUUUGGCAUUUGCUGUAAAUUGGCACUUUACACUCCCAAACUACAAAAAUCAUUCUUCCAAAUUGGGUUAUAGAUUCCAUAUAACAGUACCUUUCGAUGAUAUUCGGAAUUUUCUAAAAGUUGGUAUUUGGAGUUCACAAUAAUUCUCACCUUCUGCAUAUAGGCCACGCUUCCGUAUAGCCCCAAAAAAUGGAACCUCCCGAAUCAUACCUAUAUUUUUUAAUAGAAUUGUUUAAGCUUUGGUUUUCAAGGUGGUAGUAGGUAUCAUCCACUUUAGACGAUUAUUUAUAUGGCCCCAAGUUUUUGACAGCCCUUGUAUAACGGCACCCCCUAUUUUAGAUUAUUAUAGUCACAUUUUUCAAUUCUUUUAUAUAUUCCUUUUAUUUCGUAAUCCCAUUUUUUCUAAAAUAUUUAACAAGAAGUCGAUUAGUGUAUCUUAUAAUUGCAUAUAAAUUUGCAGAUUUGCUUUAUUUUUUAUAUAAGAUACAUCUAACUGGAAUACAAUCGCUUUUAUAAUUUAUUUAUCUCGGUUUGUACAUUUUUACCCCAUUUAAUGUUACUGAUGUUUUAUUUCCAUUUAUUUGGCACAAAAACUCCUCUCGUGAGAAAAAAAAACAGUCGCCCAUGAGAGUUGAUUAAAAGAAAUUGGCCAAUAUUACCCACCUUUGUUGGCUUCAAACUUAGUGGGAAAAGUGCUUCACGCCUUUUGUUACAUCCCACACUAGAGGGCAAAUUUUCAAAAAAUAAAGGAAAACGCAUUAAGUUCAGUCUUUGAGUUAGUCUCUUCGGCGACUUUGUGUACCUUCCACCAUUUGGAAGGAAUUUGUAAAUUUUCAAAAAAAAAAAAAAAAAAUAUGUUGAAAAAUACAGCUAAAAUACUAAAACUACGUAAUAUAACGAGUUACCUUCAUAUUGGGCCUAUACGAAGACGUAGACAAUUACGAUAUUCAUAUACCAAACUUGAUACAAUUCAGGUGAAUAUUGGCGCUAAAAUGAUCAAAAUACCGAAAAUAGGGAGAUACCUGUAUAUGGGGGCUAUACAAAAUCGUUUACUUAUUUAUCUUCCAAAUUUGGCACAUUUCCGGGAAAAAGUGUGACAAAAAUCAUAAAAAUAAGGAAUAUCUGGAGGUACAGUCAUAUGGGGACUAUACCAGAAUCUAGACCUAUAUUGACAGUUUUUUGCAUAGUUAUUUCUUACAUUAUAGGCACACCUGCUGCCAAUUUACAGUAAAUUCAUGCUAAAAAUGUCACCCAAAAAAAAAAAACUUAAAUCUGUCGGUACAGUUAUAUGGGGAUUUUAAAUACCAAAUUUCCCGCAGGCCUAACACACAUCUGAGUAACGGGAGGUACCGUUAUAUGGGGGUUAUACGAAGACGUGGACCUGUACACACAAUUUUCUGUCGAAGGCUGUAAUAUCCACUACGAACUUCAAAUACCAAAUUUGAAACCAAAAUACCGAAAAAAAGGGAGGUACCAUUAUAUGGGGGCUAUACCAAAACGUGGACCUACAUCACACAUUUUUAAUAUCAAAAGUUCUGCAGACAUAAUAUACAUUUGAGUGAAAAUUGAUCAAAAAACUUCAUUUCGUUGGGAAACUAGACUGAUUUCCACAGACAGACGGACAUCGCUAAAUCGACAUAGAAUUCUAUGCUGAUCAAGAAUAUAUAUACUUUGUGGGGUCUAAAACGUAUAUUUCGAGAUGUGACAAACUUAAUAUACCCUCCAUACUAUGGUGGAAGGUAUAAACAAUUCAAACCCGAAAAAUCUUUCAUAAAAUAUGCUGUACAAAAUCGUGGAGCUAAAUUGAGCAUAUUCUGCAUAGAGUAUUUCAAUCACAGAAACCAAAAAAUACCAAAUUAAAUUAAUGACUUAAAAAUUUUAGUAUAGCACCCAAAGCCGUUGUUGGGACUAAAUGUAAGACUUCAAUUUAAUUUUUGAAUAAAGUUGUGUUAGUAGUUUGCAUAUACAAUUUACCAACGAUUUGUAAUGCAUAUAUCCUACAGAAAAUUUUAGAAAUUAUUAUUUUUCUAUGUAUUGAAAAGUAAUAAUUUAUAUGAUUUUGCCUUGACCAAAUUCAGACAUUGAAAAUAUAUGCCUCCCUUUUCUGUGACUUGCUUAAUUCCAAUUUUUUGUUUUAUUUAAAUUUUUGUAAAUGUUAAUUUGCCAAACAAAGAUAACAAGAAAACAUAUUCAUUUGCAACAAAUAGCAUUAAAUUGAUAUAAAUGUUUACGAUAAAGAUAUGUCAUUCCUGGUCAUAAAUAUGAUUAUUCAAUAACAGUCUCAGUAGCAUGUUUCGCCGUUUUUUGAUUCGUGUUUAAGCCAAAACGUAAUAGAAUCAAAUAAAAUAAAAUGUGUAAAUAACCAAACAAACACACAAAUACACGAUGACAACAACAACAACAUCAACGAAAGAGAGCAGAAGAGAAAAACGUUAAACUUUAUUAACCAAAUGUUAAACUAAUUUGUUUUAAAUGAAUAAAUAUAUCCAUGAUAUAUGAUUUGUAAACAAAAACGACAACAAAAAAACGCGAAAUAAAAUACGCAUACAUAAAUAAGUUCUAUGAACCAACAAAUAUUUGCCGAACACAAAUACGUUGAAAGUGACAUUUUCUAAAAUGCUGCAAUUGUGCAAACACUUGCUAGCGUUUUUUUUUAUGUAAAUAGUUGACAAACAAAAACCCAGUGUUAUAAAAAUAAGAAUUGAACACAAA